CCCCGCUGGCUUCGGUCUCGACUCCUCGCAUUCGCCGUCUUCCACCCAGAAAAGCAAAUCGAGGCAAGGUUGCCUACUGACACAUGAUGGAAUCUUCUAAAGAUCAAAAGCAAGUGGAAAAGAACAAGGAGCCUGUCUUCGUACCAGAUGAUGUGGAGGUGGCUCUGAAGGUGGCCCCGGAGGCUCGUGACUACUCAGGAGCGCACGCAAAGAGUGACCCGGCCGAGAUCGCUUUGGUGCGACGCCUUGAUUGGAUGAUUAUGCCCAUUCUGUGGGGCAUGUACUGGCUCAACUACCUGGACCGCAAUGCCAUUGCACUUGCUAGGCUAAACACCCUGGAGGAAGACCUCAACCUCUCGUCGACGGAAUACCAGACCUGCGUCUCCAUCCUCUUCGUCGGCUACGUCAUUGUCGGCAUCCCCGCCAACAUGGUUGUGACCCGCGUCCGACCCAGCCUGUGGAUGAGUUCCUGCAUGGCUGUCUGGGCCAUCAUCAGCGCCCUCACCGCCGUCAGCCACAACUACACCGGCCUUCUGCUCACCCGUUUCUUCCUUGGCAUCACCGAGGCUCCGUACUACCCCGGCGCGCUCUACGUCCUCGCCACCUUCUACACCCGCAAAGAGCUGGCAACACGAAUCUCAAUCCUCUACACGGGCAACAUCCUCGCAACCGCCUUUGCGGGGCUGAUUGCUUUGGGCAUCUUCCAAAUGCAUGGCAUGGCUGGAAUCGCCGGAUGGAGAUGGCUUUUCAUAAUACAAGGCGUCGUCACCUUUAUCCUCGCCAUCGUGGCCUACUUUAUCCUGCCUGACGAGCCUCUCACGACCCGCUGGCUCACCCCCGAAGAGCGCAUCCUGGCCAACGAACGCAUCUUGCGGGACACCGUGGGGAACACAGGCCAAACGACGACCUGGUCCGGGCUCCUCGAGGCUGCCAAGGACCCUAAGGUCUGGCUGUUCACGUUAAUGCAACACUGCCACCUUGGGGCAAACGGCUUCAAGAACUUCUUCCCCACUGCCGUCGAGACCUUGGGCUUCAACGAGACCAUCACCCUCGUCCUGACGUGUCCUCCGUACCUCAUUGCCGGGGCGAUUUCCAUCGCGUGGUCUUGGUCUUCUGGAAGAUUCAACGAGAGGACGUGGCAUAUCACCAUCGCAAAAUCCGUCGCGGUUUUUGGAUUCGUCCUGGGCUGUGCCACAUUGAACACAGGCGCUAGAUACUUCGCCAUGGUGGUCUUCAGCGUCGGGACUUACGCCGUCAAUUCCAUCAUCCUCGGUUGGGUGUCUGCCACGUGCUCCCAGACGAAGGAGAAGAAGGCCUCGUCCCUGGCCAUCGUCAACUGCAUCGCCGUGGCGUCCUUCAUCUGGACUCCCUAUAUGUGGCCCAAAUCCGACGAGCCGCGUUACGUCAUGGCCAUGUCUUCCAGCGCGGUACUCAGCAUCGCGACCGCUUUGGGGGCUUGGGCGAUGCGCUUCUGGCUGAUGCGUGAGAACAAGAAGAUCAGGCGGUCCGAAAACGAAAGUGUGUUGUUUUAUGCCUACUAAAGCUGGUGGUGGCUCUCUGUAUAGGCAGACUUGAGUACCGUUGGCAUCCGUAAUCAAGAGAACAACAGAGUUGGAUGUACGCGACGAC